AUGAUGAUGCCUUCCAUCAGCAACCGAAAUCAUCAUCAGCAGCAUCUUCCUUUCCGACGCGAUGUUUCGCUUCAUGCUUACAUCCGUCCCAACCUCCAAUCGAUAGCAGAGCAGCGAUAUCAUCAACCAGCCUAUCAAAAUGUGCGAUGGAUAGAUCCAUCGGUGCCAACUAGUAGUAGUACCAGUACUAUUAGUUCCAAGAAUGAUUCGGAGGAUGCCACCACAAUGAUGACGGUACCAAUCUACCCAAUCCCAGCCGUCUAUCUUCCCAUUGGCAAUCAUACACUGAACAAUGUCGAACCCAGAAAUUUGCAAAUGGCAUUGGAUCUGAAUGUUUCUUCAAAUACGCCUCCACUCUUUUGCGUCACCUUGAUGGCUGCUGAUACGGGGAAGAUUGCCACGACGGGCACAUUGUUGCGAGUCACGGACAUGGAAGCUGCCUAUGAUCCACUAUUGGGUGAUGAUGGUGAUGGCAAUAAAGUAAUCCGACGCAUUACAGUGUACUGUCAAAGUGAAGGCGUCGUGGACAUUUGUGGGAUUGACAAUCCAGAGGCGGCAUGCCGCAAACAACGAUUGAUGCGAUCGUCGGAAUACCUAAAGGGCCCAGUGAGAAUACGGCAGCAGGAGCGUUUUGCCACUACGAACGGGGAGAAACUCCAAAACGAAGACAUUUUGAACCAAAUGUCGACCGAUUUUCGGUUGCUGAAAACCAUGUACGAAUUGGGCAUUUGGGCUCACGAAAUGCCACCCAACGCAUUGGUGAAUUUGGCCAAGGCCCUGCCAGAUGAUUUGAUAGUGGAGAAGGAUUCCAAUGAUAGUACGAAUAUUUGGCAGGCCGCUCAAGUUUGGCAAUCUCUUUGCUUGACGAUACAAGCCGGACGGCAACAACUUUUGAACUCGGAUCGGAACGAACUCAUGGUGGAGGCUGCCACCAAGAAUGGUGGUCCUCUGAAGCUACCGAUUCAUUUGGAAGACUUGGACUUGCCAGCAAGACGACGUGUCCAAGAGUUAGAAACCAAGGCCGAACAAGAUUUUCUUCAGCUACAGUUGGACCCUGUCUUGGAUUUUUUGGCCUUGCUCAGUCUGGACUCUCCCGAGACGCAACUUAAAUGGCUUGGCGAAAUGGUUGCAAGAGAACGACGGCGGAUGGAGCAGGCAGCCUUGGAAUAUACUACUAGCGGAUCAUUAGACGAAGAAUUAGACGAUACUAUUGAGCUUCAGGAGCAAGAAAGGACACCUCAAAAGGGUGCGUGGUUUGACGAUGACCUUUGGUAA